GGUGUUAUCGAGUGAAUGGUAUAAAAAAUGUUCACGUAUAUCGGUUUAUGUGAGUACAAUUGGAGAAGCUGACACAACGAGCAUAAUACACGACAGUCUUCUGACUGGAAAACAAGUCUUUAUUCCAAAUUUCCAACGCGGCUCCAAUCGAAUGGAUAUGUUACGAUUAAAUUCAGUUGCUGAAUUUGAGAAACUUGAGGCUGUUCUUUGGGGUAUAAAACAGCAUGCGACACCACACGAUGAGUUGAGCUGGCGCCACUCAGGCGCUCUCGAUGCAGUCAUCGUGCCAGGUGUAGCAUUCACAAUUCACGGACAUCGUUUAGGUCACGGUAAAGGGUAUUACGAUCGCUUUAUCGCUGAACAUGAACAAAAAUGCGGUUUGACACCACUUAGUGUUGCGUUAUCACUCAAUUAUCAGAUCGUUAAACAGUUGCAAACCACCCAACAAGAUGCUCGAAUAGAUAUCAUUGUAACACCGACCAACGAAUAUCAUCGUGAAAGGGAAUGA